GCCCGAGCUGGCGCGGCGGCGCGAGGGGCGGGCUCUCUGGCUCCGGCGACUGCUUGCGCCGCAGCGCGCGCCCGGGCGCCUUGGAGCCCCAGUGGCUGAGCCCUCCUGGUUGGGCCCCCGCAAAGUCCCCGACCGUGCGCGAGGCAGCAUGAUGAGGCGCACCCUGGAAAACCGGAACGCUCAAACGAAACAACUGCAAACAGCUGUCUCAAACGUGGAGAAGCAUUUUGGAGAACUGUGCCAAAUCUUCGCUGCCUAUGUGCGGAAAACUGCCAGGCUGCGAGACAAAGCAGACCUCCUGGUGAAUGAAAUCAACGCAUAUGCCGCUACAGAGACCCCACAUUUAAAGCUGGGUCUGAUGAACUUUGCUGACGAGUUUGCCAAACUUCAGGAUUAUCGACAAGCAGAGGUUGAAAGACUUGAAGCCAAAGUAGUUGAACCCUUGAAAGCUUAUGGGACCAUUGUGAAAAUGAAACGGGAUGACCUCAAAGCAACAUUCACAGCAAGGAGUCGAGAAGCUAAGCAAUUAACUCAGUUACAAAGAACACGCCAGCGAAACCCAUCUGAUCGACAUAUUAUCUCACAGGCAGAAACGGAAUUACAGAGAGCUGCAAUGGAUGCUUCCCGAACAAGUCGUCAUCUGGAGGAGACUAUUGACAACUUUGAAAGGCAGAAAAUGAAGGAUAUAAAGACUAUAUUUUCCGAAUUUAUCACAAUCGAAAUGUUAUUUCACGGCAAAGCUUUAGAGGUCUACACUGCUGCCUACCAGAAUAUACAAAACAUUGAUGAGGAUGAAGAUUUAGAGGUUUUCCGAAAUUCUCUGUAUGCACCAGAUUAUUCUUCUCGUUUAGAUAUUGUAAGAGCAAAUUCAAAGUCACCUCUUCAGAGAUCACUGUCAGCUAAGUGUGUAUCUGGAACAGGACAGGUAUCCACUUGUCGACUAAGAAAGGAUCAACAAGCAGAAGAUGAUGAGGAUGAAGAAUUAGAUGCUACAGAAGAAGAAAAUUAAUUGUCUUAACUAUGUUUCCAUUUUCAUCAUAAAUGACAUGAAAUACACAAUGACUAAAUUGUAGAACUUUAUAUUCACUUUGAUAUGUUAAGCCUCAAAAUGAAGACCAACUAAUGGAAACUUAUGCUGACCACAAAUGAAGGCUUGAAAAAAUAUUACACAUCAGUUAUUUCAAUAUCCUACCUAGUGUUACGUGAUUUUUGCGUUAAGUACCAUUCUUUUUAAAAGAUGGUAUAUUUCAAAGUAUUUCAUAUUAAUGCACUGUAUCUACUUGAAGUUCCAAUAGUACAUUAUGACAGACACCAAAAGAUCUAACAAUUCCACUUAGCUUCUUUUAGGUUAAGACUCCAUGCUUUCAUAACCCCAGAAAAGGGUCCUAAGUCAUCAUUCUGAUUACAUGUAAUUAUAUUCCAUGAAGCCUUAAGAAACAAAGAUUUUUUUAUGCUUUCCCUAAAUUUUUGUUUUAUCGUUUGAUAAGUAAAUUUACUUUUCAAGAAGAGUAUUACCAAAGAGUAAAGAUAAUGUGACACUAAGAUAUCAAUGUUUUAUGUAUACACAUAAAGCAUAAAUUUCAACUGUAAAAAAAGCCACAUUCAAUCUGACUCUGGUUUUAAAACUGCUGUCAUACUUAUACAUGAUACUGCAACUUUUGGAAGGCUAGUAAUUUGGUGAAAUGUUUCCUGAUCAUAGAAUACCAUAAACUAUUAAAAAUUCUAUAA